AUGUACCACCCGUCGGCCGAGAAGAAGUCAUACACGACCGGAAAGGUUUACUCAAGCUUAUUUGCCAGGCACUGGGAUACUUGGGGAAGCGAGAAUCACAACUCCAUCUGGUACGGACUUCUUAAGAAGGAUGGCCACUCAUACAAGCUUGAAGACCCUGGUCUGGUCAAUGCCCUUGAUGGCUCAAAGCUGCAGUCCCCCGUCCCUCCUUUCGGUGGCACGGGUGACUUUGAUAUCAGCAAGAAUGGACUCGUCUUUGUUGCUCGGGACCCAGAGAUCUCCCCUGCGAUAUACACGAAGACGGAUCUUUACUUCAUUCCUUUAAAAUCCUUCACCGAGGACAAGCCGCCUGUGCCCCAGAUCGUCAAGACGAGUAAGCUUCGCGGCUACUCUGCCUCACCGGUAUUCUCUAGGGAUGGCAAACAGGUUGCGUUCACGAGAAUGAAGAGCGACCAGUAUGAGACGGACAAGCCGAGACUAUUGCUUAUUCCAGACAUUUUCGACUUGGCGAGCGUGCAGGAGUUCUACGAGACGGAAGAUGGUGUUGGCGGAUGGGACGCACGACCUGAGUGGAUCACUUGGAGCAAGGACGACUCAGAACUCUACGUUUCUGCGGAGGAACACGGCCGCGCGAAGCUCUGGAAGCUGCCCGCGGUACCGCACCAAGCGAAGGACCUGCCUGUCGCUAUCUAUGAGGAGGGGUCAGUCGUCGAGGCGAAGCUGCUGGGCGAUGACGGCGACAAGCUCUUCAUCAGCACAUCGUCCAGAGUCGAGAACUCUGCCUACUCUGUCCUGGAUCCGGCCAGCAAGAAGGCCGAUCUGGUUUCGUCGAGCUCCAAGCAUGGCAAGUCGUUUGGCCUGUCCAAGGCACAGUGCGAUGAGUUCUGGUACAAAGGAGCUGAGGGCUAUGAUGUGCAUGCCCUGGUGGUCAAGCCCUCCAACUUUGAUGAGAACAAGAAGUACCCGCUUGCAUUCCUUAUCCACGGAGGACCACAGGCUGCGUGGCUGGACAGCUGGAGCACUCGAUGGAACCCCGCCAUCUUCGCUGAGCAAGGCUACGUUGCGGUCAUGCCUAACCCGACAGGAAGCACCGGCUACGGACAGCAGCACACCGACAACAUCCAGAACGAGUGGGGUGGCCGGCCAUAUGUCGACUUGGUCAAGUGCUUUGACCAUAUUGAGAAGAAUAUCUCGUACAUUGACGUCAAUAAUGCCGUUGCUUUGGGCGCUUCCUACGGAGGUUACAUGAUCAACUGGAUCCAGGGUCACGAGCUCGGAAGGAAGUUCAAGGCGCUGGUGUGCCAUGACGGUGUAUUCUCGACUCUCAACCAGUGGUCUACCGAAGAGUUGUUCUUCCCUCUCCAUGACUUUGGAGGGCCGCUUUGGGAGAACCGGGAGGGCUACGAGAAAUGGGAUCCCGCUCAUCACCUCGACCAGUGGGCAACCCCAAUGUUGGUCAUCCAUAACGAGCUUGACUACCGACUGCCCAUCUCAGAGGGCCUGGCCAUGUUCAACGUGCUGCAGGCCCGGAAUGUGCCCAGCCGUCUGUUGAUGUUCCCCGACGAGAACCACUGGGUGCUGAAACCAGAGAACUCACUGGUUUGGCACAGAGAAGUUUUGGGCUGGAUUAAUAAGUACACGGGUAUUGACAAGUCUGAGGACUUGGCCGUGAGGUAA